AUGGAAGAGACAUCUCUCACCGUCGAGUUCUCAGGCGGGCUCGAGAUGCUGUUCGAGGACCAGCGAAAGCAUGCUGUCUCGAUCCCUUCGCGCAGCGAGGAUGGCCAGCCUGCGACCAUUGCUCAUCUCAUCGACCACCUCUGCAAGAACGUCAUGAAAGACAGUCGCAAGGAGCUUUUCGUCCUCGAUGAUCACAUCCGACCAGGCAUCCUAGUCCUCAUCAACGACGCAGACUGGGAGCUGGAGGGCGAGGAGGCCUAUGAGCUGAAGGCCGGGGACAACAUCCUCUUCGUGUCGACGCUGCACGGUGGCUAG